AAGCGAGGCGGUCGCUUGGGCUCGCAAGACACCAACGCGCCGGGCGGGCGGGCCGGGGGGCGCGAUCUCUCGUGCCCCCUUUUGCUUUUUGCUCGCGCCCCCCCCCCCUUGGGCAGGGCCGUCGUUUGCAAGCAGCGCGCUUGGCAGUGCAGCAUUUUCGGGCUUUCUGGGGCGGGGGGCUGCAUUGCAAUCGACCCCCCCAUUUUUUAAAAAAACAGCUUUUGCCCCCCUCCCCGAAGGGGGGAUCGGGCUGCUGCUCUUUCCCUUCUGGCGGCGAUGGAUGCGAGGCGACGGCAUCCCAGCGCGGCGGCUCGGCUCGGCGGCGCCCCCAGCACCGAGCGAUGGGCGGGCGCCGGCCGCUAAAGCGCCCUGGCUCGGCUGGACCGCCGCGACCCUCUGCUCGGCCCGCUCCUGAGCUCGCCCACCGGCUGCUGCUUCGACGGCGAGGCGAGGAGAGCCCCUCCCGCCGCCGCUGAUGAAAAUGGAUCCGGCUCUGCUACGGACUCUUUCGGAGCCAGGCACCAAACCGGACCGAGAGGCGCUGCUGGCGCUGGGGCAGCUCUGGGCCGAGCAGAACGGGCCCUACCUGCUGCUGGAGCCCCCCGGAGGACCCGACCGGGACCCGGCGCGGCUUCCCCGGGAAGGCCCCCCGCGGAAGCCGCCCCCGCCGCGGAUCUUGUCGCUGGCGGGCGAGAAAAAACCGCCGGGCCCGGCGCGAGUUCCGAACGGCAGGCGGCUGCCCGGGGUGGAUCAGCCCCUCUGCCCCGACGGCUCCCUCGGCUAUCUCUCGGUGAGCCUGGCGCUGGUGGAGCCGGAGCCCGCGGGGCCAAUCAGCGGCCGGGAAAGCGGGGCAGGUGGCGCUGCGAAUCCGGAUUGCCCCGGGGACGGUUUGGAUUGGAGGCUCGUUCCGGUGCGGGACGCCGUGGAGCGAAGCGCGGACCCGGAGGGGGAAGGACGGGGCGGGGGCCCUGCCUUCGAGCCGGCGGGGCUCGCGGGUUUACACCUGGGCGGAGAGGAGCCGGCUGAAGCGGAGCCUCUCCGGGGAGCCUCGGGGGAGCGGGGCUCGCUCUUCGCCAUGGAGCCUCCUCGGGAGGAGGCCCCCUUCCCCCGCCUGCUGCAGAGCCCCCCUUGGGUUCCCAACGGGGAAAUCUGUCGCGGCCGCAGCUGCCCGGGGAGCCCGUUGUUGCGGCCCUUAGACCUGGCCCCGCAGGUGGGCAAGGGAGUGGACCUUUUCCCGGCUUUUGCUUCGCCCGAGGAUGAGUUGGGGGGAGCCCAGCCGUUGGGCGAGGAGCCCCCGGAAUAUUCGCCCCGGCUCCGAGCUGUCUUCGACGCCUUGGACCGCGAUGGGGACGGGUUUGUCCCGAUAGAGGAAUUCAUCCAGUUUGCCACUGUCUAUGGAGCAGAACAGGUGAAAGACUUGACAAAGUUUUUGGACCCUGCUGGCCUUGGAGUGAUCAGCUUUGAAGACUUCUAUCAAGGAAUCACAGCUAUCAGAAAUGGAGCGGAGCCUGACAACCAGCUGUGUACGAUGGGAUACACACAUGAGGAGUCACCGUCUGCCUGUCCUGAUGAGUUCGAUGACUUUGUCACAUAUGAGGCAAAUGAGGUAACGGACAGUGCGUACAUGGGCUCGGAGAGCACGUACAGCGAGUGUGAGACAUUCACAGAUGAGGACACUAGCACCCUGGUGCACCACGAGAUGCAUGAUGAAGUAGAAACGGACAGCGUGAUCGAUUCUGCAGUGCACUCGGAGUACACAGACCCCAUUGAGGAGCCAGAGAACGGAUCUCAUCCCCAGGACCUCCCCUUGAGCUCGGACAUCAACAAUCACUCCAUCGUCACAGUAAUUAGCGGGGAAGAGCAGUUUGAGGAUUACGGGGAAGGGAACGAGGCGGAUCUCUUCUCAGACAGCUUGUGCAACGGAGAAAGCAGCUACACCAGCUCGUCCUUCCUUUCCCCCAGCGCCAACCCGCUCACCACCAAACUGCACAGCAUUAUCACUGAUGAGGCGUUUGAGUUUUACUGUAGCCAGUGCCACAAACAAAUCAAUCGCCUCGAGGAUCUUUCCGCUCGCCUAAACGAUCUUGAAAUGAAUAGUCCCAAUAAGAGACUCUCGAGCAAGAAGGUAGCCAGGCAUCUGCAUCAGACGGGCAGCCUCACUGCGGACACGAUGGAGGAACCAUUCCGGAAUAACAUGGAGUGCCUGGAGGAAGAUCUCACCGACAAAGUGAUCUUCCUAGAAAAAAGGGUGACGGAGCUGGAAAAAGACACAGCUGCAAACGGGGAGCAACACAGUCGGCUGAAGCAGGAAAACCUCCAGCUGGUUCACAGAGCUAAUGCCCUGGAGGAGCAGCUAAAAGAGCAAGAGCUUAGAGCUGAUGAGAUCCUGAUGGAAGAGAUUCGGAAGCAACGGGAACUGCUGAGCAAGAUGGAACGGGAGAAGAGCAUUGAGAUUGAGAACCUACAAGCACGGAUACAGCAGCUAGAUGACGAGAACGGUGAACUCCGGUCUUGCGUCCCGUGCCUGAGAGCCAAUAUUGAGCGGCUGGAGGAGGAGAAACGGAAAUUGCUGGAUGAAAUAGAGGACCUCACGGUACAGCUCAAUGAGGAGCAAGAAAACAAGCGGAAGCUGGGAGACAAGCUGACCCACGAGAGGCACCAGUUCCAGAAGGACAAGGAGUCCACGCAGGAGCUGAUCGAAGACCUCAGGAAGCAGCUAGAACACCUGCAGCUCUUCAAGCUCGAGGCCGAGCAGCGCCGGGGCAGGAGCAGCAGCAUUGGCCUGCAGGAGUACAACAGCCGGACGCGGGAAACAGAGCUAGAGCAAGAGAUCAGGAGGCUCAAGCAGGAUAACCGAAACUUGAAGGAACAGAACGAUGAACUCAAUGGGCAGAUCAUCAACCUCAGCAUUCAAGGCGCCAAGAACCUCUUCUCUGCAUCCUUCUCGGAAUCGUUGGCAGCAGAAAUCAGCUCCGUCUCCAGAGACGAGCUAAUGGAGGCGACUCAGAAGCAAAAAGAGAUCAAUCUACGACUCCAGGACUACAUCGACCGGAUUAUUGUGGCCAUAAUGGAAACCAACCCAUCCAUCCUGGAAGUCAAGUAAGAGGCCCUGUCCUCAUGGUCCUGCUGACCCGGGUGCAGUGGAUUUGCUGCUCUGGAGAAGGAGACGCCGGAGGAGUCUUUGCUUUGCAAAGAAGGCCAGGAAGCCUCGUGGCGGAUUGUUGGGUGACGGAACCUGGUGGACAUGGGGGGAGCUUGGCUGCACAGUAGACUCCGGUGGAUUUUAGGGCCUGCCUGGAUUAUGGAGGUGGGCUGGGAGGCAAAAAGGGGAUCCUCAGGAAAGGAGAUGAGCCGUGGACACAAACGACGUGUGUGCCGGGGGGGGGGCAGAUGUGAACACACACACGCACUCUGCUGUGGGAUGUAGGGAAGAUGCACAAGGCUGUAAUGUGAACCUUUUUUCUAUCUGAGCUUGCAGAGCGGUGGAUGAAAAAACGGUGACCAGGAUCUCUCUGCGACUGCAAGGAAAAAUUGGGGAAGGGGCAGUAAGGAGAUGAAGGGAAUACCAAAAUGCCACCUGUGCAUCCUGGUGUUUUACCAUUUGUGUUCUGAAUGCUCACCAAGGCACUAGGAAGCACAUCCAUUUUCAGAGCUUAACAGGUGUUAGCAAGGUGCGAGACAUGGGCUGACAUCUUGCUCCUCUUUGGCCACUGAGAGGGAGAAAGACCUGGGCCUGUUUGGACCAUUUUGUGCUUCCUGGCUUUCAGGGACCAUUUGUUUGCACCCAGAAAAAAAUGUUCUGCAGGAUCUAUUGGUGUGUUGGCGAGUUUUCCUGGCCCUCUUUGCUUUUAGCCAGCUGCCUUAAAAUCCAUGGCUGGUGUUUUCCUCUACAGGUAGGUAGAGCGCUUUGGAAGAGAACCCUUCUGUAGGGGUGGCAUGGAGGACUGAUGCUACCCAGGUCGAGUGGGUACCCUCCUGGCAGGUGAAGCUGGGACCAGCUGGCUGGAAGCCAGGCUGUGGGUGGCCAUGAUCUGCUGAUGAUACUGCAGCGCUGGAGGCAGAGCUGAUCCCCCCCACACACACACACACUCACUCCCUGGAUGCUGCAGCAAUCUCUUCCUGCCCUCUUCGCCGCACAUCUACUCUUCUUCCGUGAGUCUGUUCUGCCCUCUCCCAUUCAGUUCCUUGAAGCAGCUUGCCUGCUGGAAUAAUCCUAUGUUAGAUUGAUGGACUGUUGCCUUGGAAAGGGGCAUGUGAUGCUAUACCCUCCCCUUCCCUUUGAGCUGAGCCUGAAGCCGGUUCCACUGACCUCAGAUCCAUUUUGCAUUCCACUUGGGAAGGAUGAGAGAAGCUUGUCCUGAAGCUGCUGCACCUUUUCCUUUUCCCCCCUUCAUUCCAUUUAAAGAGGGGAAAAUGCUGACCCCUGAAUAUUUUGGGAAGUGGUUAGGAAGAGACUGGUAAGUCUUCCUUCUCUGUUCUCCAGGAAAGAGAGACACUCUGCUCAGAAGCAAAAAAGUGGGUGCUGCUUCCACUGAAUGGGAGGAGGGUAAAGAAUUCCCCCCUCCCCAUUUUUAUAUCUGGCCUUGGCAGUUGAUUUUUAAUUGGCUUUUGUUUUUAAUAGCACAAGCAGGGAAAAGAAGCCCAUGAUGGAUGGCUGAUCCUAUGAAGUCAGGUCUGCAUUGCAGAUUAGUGUGAACACCCCCCCCCCCCACACACACACACACAACUUCGCAGGAAUGCCAAGCAGCAAAGGGUGUGGCUCUGCCAUGGAGGCUGGAGACAGUGAGCUUUGCCUUCUGCUUAGGACCCCACUUAGACCUCCCUCUUCUACAUCUAAAGCGUCCACCCACAUACCAAUCACACCACAUGCAAUCAUGUGGCAGUGAUCUCUCUCCAGACAGGCUGAGUUGCUUAAGAGGGAGGCGUGUGUGUGGUGAUGAUGGCCAAUGACAAACCCGGCUUCCUCUUUCCACUUCCAAACCAGAUGGUGCUCAGGGUCCUUAGCCUCGGGGCCUAGCAGAACCGCACAGCCCUAUAAUUCAAUUAAAAAUGCACCAGAGGAAGCACCCCCCGCCCCCCAACAUUGUUGGCUUUCACUUCACUGAGCUAGGCUGCGUCGGAUGGCUUGCUGGGAGGAUUUUGCAAUAUAUUGACUUCUUGACAUGAAAGUAGCUAACUCGAAACAACUAUCAAGUGGGAAUUAAAUCUUUCUGCAGUUUCUGGGAGACCAAAUGUGAGUGUGCACAUGUGAGGGGGGAGGGACGAGGAACAGGGGGGCACGGAAGUGAGGAACUGCUUCUCUGCCCACCCCCCUAACAGUUCUCAAAACCCAGAUAAAUUCAGCUGUUCUCUCGCUGUUCCCUUCUUGACUGUGCGGGAAGAACUCACGCACUGUACAUUUCUGGAGGACCAUUUGGGUGUAUAUCAGUGUAUACUUGGAGAGGGAAAGAUUUUUUUUCCUUUUUCUAUCUUGUAGAGUUAGGUAUUUUUUUAUAGGAUGAAGGCGUAUCAAUUUUUUUAAAACUUCAAAGAAGAGAGCAAUGUAUCUGUGUAUACACACACAAUAUAUAUAUAUAUAUGUGUAUAAUGUACAAAUCUAUAAAUAUUAGAUCUGCCUUUCUUGACUUAGGCACAUGUUCUGUCCACAACAAAAACACACACUCCCCUCUCCACCUUCUGGCUGAUCACAAAGAGGUACUGUAAUGUAAAUAAAUCACAGGAGAGAGAAAAAAACAAUUUAAACAAACAACAAAAAAGUGAAGCACUGGCUUGCACAUGGCUUUAAUUUCCUGAGAAAAACUUUUCUUCCCUGCUGGUAUGUGAAGGAAUUUCUCCCAAAAGAGGCAAAACAGUGUCUGUCUUCACAGGUGUUACUGACUCUUGUCUGAUUAAAAGCUGUUACUGUCUCUUUACAGGAGCCUUGGCUGGGCUUUGUUUGUGUUGCUUU